AUGGCUAGCGAGACCUCGCCGCUGCUGGGCUCGAGCAAGCCCAAGUCUGCACACACCGGCGAGGAUAGUAUCGAUGAUGCCGGCCGGACGGUCAAUGGCAUGAGAGAUGCGCUGGCGGAGACGCUGCGCCGAAGAGGUUAUGUCAUUGCGGCCGAGUAUGUCAACCCGAUCAGCGGCAUUGAGCUGGAUGCCUACCGGCCAGAGAUCAUCUGGGAGCCAUGUUCGGGAGCUCUCGAUCACAUAUUCCCAAGCAAAAUCGAGCAGGAACCGUCCAGCAGCGCAAUCAGAUCGGCCCACACUGCGGCAGAUGUACCGUCAGACCCAGCCCUGUUCGUCAUCGGAGCACUCCAUCUCCUUGAGGGCGUACUCGCGGUGGAUCAAGAGCCUAGUCCGCUCACCUCACUCGCUCAGAGCUUAGCAAUGCAAGAACGACUGCGAGUGACCUCAGAUCAGCUUGCGCAGCUGGCACGUAUCGCCUUUGUCUCGUCCCUGACCAUACUGCAAGAUGCGCCAUCUAGUUUGCCAAUACAAGAUCUUGAUAGGGUUCUCAUCGACCUGCUCUGGCGACAGUAUCCCGUGACGGCCAAUGCGCCCAGUCACAGAGUUUCGACUGCCGAUGCACUGGCUGCAUUGCUCUCGUCGCCACCCAUGGAGCCAUACACACUUUCCCUUCAGAGCUUUGCUGCGCUGCCAGCAAUGACAAGCAUCACCGAGCAUUCGUGGAACUCAAGUCCUCAGACACCCUCCUCGAAAAGCUUCUGGAGCAUCUUUGACAGACUCGCUCAGCCAUGCCUAUUUCAUGCGCAGUGCCUCGUAUUGCACACACUCUAUUUGAUCAUGAUCUUACACCUUGCCCUGUCAUCCGAAUACAAGCACUAUCACCACAUCAAUCCUCUCGUUACUUGGGGCAUCAAGGGUGCGGUGGGCGAGAAACCAAGAGGUUCAGGGCGUCAGACAUUCAUCAUGGGCGCAAUGUGGUGGCUCUUUGUCGUCGUCAGUAUUGGCUGGGGUACAGAGGUCUGCAGAGCAAUAAUCAAAGGGCCACUUCGCCGAUCACUAUCGUUUCAGUCGGGCAGCUUGCCCGCUGGCUCUCUGCCCCCGCUCAUCGGUCACAGUCUCGUCACACUAUCUGUCUUUCUGCGACUAUUCUCAAUGGGCAAGACCAGCCCUGUCAAUCUUUCUUAUACAAUGCUCGCCUGGUCUUUGCCGUUCUUGGGCGCAUCGAUUUGCAUCUUCCCAUCUGGGCUGCCCAACCUCAAUCCGUCCUUCCUACAUCUUCGGCCGGAGUCAUUGCUCCGCCGCAAGCCGAGUCAUCAACCUCCCACUGGUCUUCCAAACGCUGCACUGCUGCAACGAGUCGUCUCUGCUCGCUUAUCGGGCCUCCGCCAUACAAGUGCGUUCCUGCUACUUACGGUCAUCCUGCUCAGCGUCAGCCUGAGCGGUCAAGUUGACAUCUACGAUCCCGAAUCGAUCGGUGAAGCGAUUCCGGAUCUACUGGGCGGGCUGCUACCCGGCUUUCUGCCGACAGCAUUCCCUUCGCGCGUCAGCAUACUCGAUGACUCGCGCAUUGGUCGUGUGGCGCCAAUGGAAGCGCGCUCCUCACUCGUUCUUGCCUUGCUCUUCGGUCUGGUGACCGCGUGGAUAGCAGGUGGAAAGAAGUUUGAACUAGAGCUCGAACGAGGCAUGCAUAACGCCAGCGAUCAAGAUUCGUACACACUUGGCUAUGGUAGCACGAUUGCGCGACUAGCGCGACUCGAUCGCGUUCGAGUUGUCCGCUAUUUCAGCUACGACCCUCGCGACCCAUACGACGACCUACCUCUUGCGAGCCCGCUCAAUCUACCCUCCUUUUUCCUUAAGGACAUUCCGUGCACAAUUCUAAAGGUAUUGCCAAGCGCACGAGCUAAUCGUGCAGGCACGCGAUGGAAAGCGUCCGUCAACCUCUGGAUUUGGCGCCUUCUCGUUGCGCCUGGCCUCAUCGUCGUUGGCGGCUUCACGACCCUGUUGUUGAGACGAUAA